GGUAUCAGUAGCAGUGCUAACAAACGCCGCCUUCUCUCAGACAAUGAAAAUGAUAAAGAACAUGUCGUUGGACAUGAUGAUGAAUUUGUGGGAGAAGCAACUCCUGAUUGGGUCGAGGCCGGAAGGGGAAGGUUGCUUACAGCCAAGACGUCACACAUCAAACCUGAUCUCAUCGUGGCCAAGGAUGGGUCUGGGAAGUACAAGACCAUAAACGAGGCAUUAAAGGAUAUCCCGAGGAAUAGUAACAACACAUUUGUUUUGUACAUCAAAGAAGGUGUUUAUGAGGAGCAAGUUACAUUUUACCGUAACAUGACACAUUUGAUGAUUAUGGGAGAUGGUCCAACCAAGACCAGAAUCACUGGAAAACUAAACUACGUUGAUGGAAUUUCGACUUUUCAUACAGCAACUGUGGCUGCAUUGGGAGACUAUUUCAUGGCUAAAGACAUCGGGUUUGAGAACGCAGCCGGGCCAGAGAAACACCAAGCGGUGGCAUUGAGAGUUGGCGCGGACAGAUCAAUUUUUUACAACUGUCAAAUGGACGGGUACCAGGACACUCUGUAUGCCCACCUCUACCGCCAAUUCUACCGGAAUUGUGUCAUCUCUGGAACCAUAGAUUUUAUAUUCGGAAACAGCGCUGCCGUGCUCCAAAACUGCACAUUGGUGGUGCGAAAGCCAUUGGAGAAUCAGCAGUGCAUUGUGACAGCGCAGGGUCGGAUAGACCCGCGCCAACCCACAGGCCUUGUCUUACAGAACUGUAGCUUCGUGGCCGACCCGGAGUACCAACCGGUCCGGUUCACACUCAAAUCGUACCUCGGCCGGCCCUGGAAAGAAUAUUCCCGAACCGUGAUCAUGGAAUCGUACUUGGAGGACUUCAUCCAGCAGGAUGGGUGGUUGCCGUGGGCAGGCGAUUUUGCACUCGAAACGCUCUUUUACGCCGAGUACAACAACCGAGGCCCGGCUUCUGGCAAGGAGAACCGUGUGAAAUGGGGAGGUGUCAAGGAGCUUCCAUUGAAUCGGAUUGAGCGGUUCACAGCUGCCCGGUUCUUACAAGGUGAAACCUGGAUUAAAACAGUUCCUGGUCUUCCCUAUAACCCUGGUUUCAUUUUCCCGCCUCCUAAACCUAACACCACAAUUACUUACUCCCCGGUGGAGCCCGACGAGACGAAAGAUAUGGUGGCUCCGGAAGAUAAAGCGGCUUAUGAUCCUCCCAAAGUCGCUCCGGCUCCGGCCCCAGUUCAGGAUCCGGUUCCUGUUUCGGUUUUGGCUCCGGAAGCAGCCCCGCCAGUUCAAUCCGCAGAAAUUCCCGCGCAGACUACUACCAAUACACCUCUUCCAGUUUUAUCAUCUCCGGCGUCGUCUCCGACUCAAUCCGAACCUCCCAGUCAGGUUUCAGCCGGAGCAGAUGCUCCAACUCUAUCUUCUCCGACAACAGCUGUGACCGAUCCAGCACCAUUAAGUCCGGACUUUGAAGCUACGCCGUCAGUUCAAUUCGCCUCGACUAGCAGUGGAUCAGCUCCAGCUCCGGCUCAAGAUGAAACUUCCACUAAAGCCGAAUCGAGUGUGGUAUCAAUUCCUGUGGCGGCUUCGACUGAAGCUGAUAAUCAGACUCUAAGCCCAGCUGAAAACUCAGCUAUGGCCCAAACUGAUGAAGUUGGAGCCCCAUCUGAAAACGGGGUGACUACCUCGCCACCCACUCAAGCUGCGGCAUCAGUGGUUGCUCCUCCCACAGAAACGGAGGUGAAGGCACCGUCGGGAAAUCAAGAAUCCAAAGGGUUAUUAGGUGGUCUUUUGGACUUUUGAGAAGUUUUAAAGAUUGGAAUCAUUUUUUUUUUAUGUUUCAGCUGUAUACAGAAUUCUAUCAUCCCUAA